CAAUUCAAGCAAUCGAAGUGAUAACAUCACAAACAAGCAACAGCCAAAAAAGCAAAACAAGCUGAAAAAGCUAAAAGUACAAAGCAAGACAAGAAUUUAAAUAUUUUAAAACUAAACUAAAGUAAAGUGAAAAGUAAUUAAUUUAAAGUUGCAAAUAUUGAAAAAGUGCUUAACUGUUAAUCAGAGAGCAAAGAAAAACAACAAAGAAGAGCAAUUCAUCUUCAAAUUCUCAAACAACAGCAACAAGCCAACAAGAAGAAGAACAAACAGAAUGCCUGCUAUUGGUAUCGAUCUGGGCACCACGUUCUCCUGCGUGGGCGUCUAUCAGCAUGGCAAGGUGGAAAUUAUUGCCAACGAUCAGGGCAAUAGGACGACGCCCAGCUAUGUGGCAUUCACAGAUUCGGAGCGUCUGAUUGGUGACGCCGCAAAGAACCAGGUGGCGAUGAACCCCAAGAACACAGUAUUCGACGCGAAGCGUUUGAUUGGUCGCAAGUACGACGAUCCAAAGAUAGCGGAGGACAUAAAGCACUGGCCUUUCAAGGUGGUCAGUGAUGGAGGCAAGCCAAAGAUUGGCGUCGAGUUCAAGGGCGAACAGAAACGCUUUGCCCCCGAGGAGAUCAGCUCGAUGGUGUUGGUGAAAAUGAAGGAGACGGCUGAGGCAUACUUGGGCCAGAGCAUCACAGACGCUGUCAUCACUGUGCCAGCCUAUUUUAAUGACUCACAACGCCAGGCGACCAAAGACGCCGGCCACAUAGCCGGCCUCAACGUGCUGAGGAUCAUCAACGAGCCGACAGCGGCGGCACUGGCCUAUGGUCUGGAUAAGAAUCUCAAAGGGGAACGCAAUGUGCUGAUCUUCGAUCUGGGCGGCGGCACCUUUGAUGUCUCCAUACUAACCAUCGAUGAGGGAUCGUUGUUUGAGGUGCGGGCAACGGCUGGAGACACACAUUUGGGCGGCGAGGACUUUGACAACCGAUUGGUCACCCAUUUGGCGGAGGAGUUCAAGCGCAAGUUCAAGAAGGAUCUGCGCAGCAAUCCUCGCGCCCUGCGCCGCCUACGCACUGCAGCGGAGCGAGCGAAGCGGACGCUCUCGUCGAGCACAGAGGCAACCAUUGAGGUGGACGCGCUGUUCGAGGGUCAUGACUUCUACACGAAGGUGAGCCGGGCCAGGUUCGAGGAGCUGUGCGGUGAUCUGUUCCGCAACACGCUGGCUCCAGUGGAGAAGGCGCUCAUCGAUGCAAAGAUGGACAAGCAGCAGAUCCAUGACAUAGUGCUGGUCGGCGGCUCGACACGGAUUCCCAAGGUGCAGAACCUGCUGCAGCAGUUCUUCGGCGGCAAGAGCCUCAACCUUUCCAUCAAUCCCGACGAGGCGGUGGCCUACGGUGCCGCCGUCCAAGCAGCCAUACUCAGUGGCGACCAGAGCGGCAAGAUCCAGGACGUGCUUCUAGUAGAUGUUGCGCCCCUUUCCCUGGGCAUCGAAACAGCCGGCGGCGUGAUGACCAAGCUGAUUGAGCGCAACUGCCGCAUCCCGUGCAAGCAGACGAAGACCUUCUCGACGUACGCGGACAACCAGCCGGGCGUCGCCAUUCAGGUGUUCGAGGGGGAGCGCGCCCUUACGAAGGACAACAACGCGCUGGGAACCUUCGAUUUGUCGGGCAUACCGCCAGCACCGCGCGGCGUGCCCCAGAUCGAGGUCACCUUCGACAUGGACGCCAAUGGCAUACUGAACGUGACGGCUAAGGAGAUGAGCACCGGCAAGGCGAAGAACAUUACGAUCAAAAACGACAAGGGCCGCCUCUCGCAGGCAGACAUCGACCGCAUGGUUAACGAGGCCGAGCGCUACGCCGACGAGGAUGAGCAGCAGCGCCAGCGCAUUUCGGCCCGCAACAGCCUAGAGAGCUACGUCUUCGGUGUGAAACAGGCCGUGGAGCAGGCCAAUGCUGACAAGCUCAGCGACAGCGACAAAUCCUCGGUACUGGAGAAGUGCGACGAGACUGUCAAGUGGCUGGACGCCAACACCACCGCCGACAAGGAGGAGUUCGAACACAAACUGAAGGAACUCACCCAGCACUGCUCCCCCAUCAUGACCAAGAUGCACCAGCAAGCACAGGGACAGGGACAGGGACAGGCGCAGGGCAACUCCAACUGUGGUCAGCAGGCGGGCGGCUUUGGUGGCUACAAAGGACCCACUGUGGAAGAAGUUGAUUAAAUUACUUCCUAGCUCUGUAAUAAUUAAGCUAUCCUUAUGUUCCCAGACUGACUACUUUUGGUUAAAGUGCACAAUUAACCAUAUGCCAAAGUCAUUAAUCAUUAAUAAGCCUAUUGUUAAACUAUUCAUAAGUAGCAGCAAAUUUUACAAUAAACCACUAUUUUAAUUUAACAAAACAUAAA